UUCCACCCCUCUUUCUCUCUCUCUCUCUCUAGGGUUUUCCCCAAUCCAAUCCCUCUGCAAAUCAAGAUCGACUUUAUCUUCAUGGAGGUUCCUCCUGAAAUGGAAGAGAGUGGCAAGUCUGAGGCCCACUUGACCUCCGCAGCGGCUUUUGUGGAGGGUGGAAUCCAGGAAGCCUGUGAUGAUGCUUGCAGUAUAUGCCUUGAGGCUUUUUGUGAUAGUGAUCCUUCCACGUUGACUGGGUGCAAGCAUGAAUUUCAUCUUCAGUGCAUUCUUGAAUGGUGUCAGAGAAGCUCCCAGUGCCCGAUGUGCUGGCAGCCCAUCAGCUUAAAAGAUCCGACCAGCCAGGAAUUGUUUGAGGGUGUAGAACGGGAGAGAAGUUUUAGGUCUAACCCACCUCGAAGUACUGCAAUAUUUCAUCAUCCUACUCUUGGCGAUUUUGAACUCCAACAUUUACCUGUGGGUGUGAAUGAUGCUGAACUUGAAGAGCGUAUAAUUCAGCACUUAGCUGCUGCUGCCGCAAUGGGUCGGGCUCGCCAUAUUGCCAGAAGGGAGGGCCAGAGAAAUAGGUCAUCAGGUCAAGGUCGCCCACAAUUCCUGGUCUUCUCGACUCAUCCUCCUGCCACAGCUUCUUCCUCCCCAGAUCAGAUGAGAGAGGGUGAACAAGCUCCUUCCGUUGCACUUUCUUUUCCGUUGCCUUCUAUGAAUGCGGGAGAAGAAACUUCUAGAGUGACUACUUUGGGACCUUCCCAACCUGGUCCGGUUUCUGCCUCAGCAUCUGGAUCUAGUGUCCCCCCAUCCAAUCAACAUGGGUCUUCCAUGAGUACUAGGAGGUCUCCUAGUCAGUCAUCACCAAGUAGCCAUGAUCGAGCUGGGCCAUCAGAUUUACAAUCAUUUUCAGAAAAUCUGAAGGCUCGAUUCAAUGCAGUGUCAAUGAAAUACAAAGAGUCAAUUUCAAAGAGCACAAGAGGUUGGAAGGAAAGAUUGUUCUCUCGCAACAGUUCCGUUUCUGAUAUUGGUCCUGAAGUUAGAAGAGAGGUUGAUGAAGGGAUUGCAACAGUAUCAAGUAUGAUGGAGCGUCUGGAAACAAGAGAAAACAAUAGAAUCAAUGGUGCUUCUGAGUCAGAUAGUAUAGAUAGUUCAGUUCGCGAAUCAGAAAACAGGCAAAUAUCAGAAAAUGUUGGUCAAAAUUCUUUGAGUGAGCAAAAUAAGCCAGCUACAUGCGCCGCAGGUUCUAGUUCAAAUUAGAUAUUAUUCGGCAACUGAAUUGAAGUCAAAGCAUUUGCUUUUGUAAGGUGGAAUUCUCUCUUUUCCAGUUCCCAGAUCUUGUGGUUUCUCAUGCUUUGCCAUAUACUGCUGGACUUCUAGUGGAUAAUCCUUUUACAUUUGGAAAGGGCAUUGCUGAGUAAGAUCUGAUUCAGAAUAAAGAAACUACAGAAUGCUCUACUAUUUAGACAUGGAUACCAUCAUAUGCUUGUAUAUAUGUUUAUAAAGCUUAUUUAUGAAAAUAUUUUGGAGGUACGCAUAGACUGAUAGACGUAUUAGAUGUUUUGAAAGAUUUUUGACUAAUACAUACAUAAUAUCCUCUGUUGUCUUUUCAUCGGAGAUUCAGCUUUGCAU